GCGAGAGCGAGCGCGAGAUGGAGACGCUGGGAGAGACCCAGGCUGGAGCUGGCUGAGCGUGGGCGCAGCGCGGGAACCGGGUCUGCAGCGCUUUGCGCCCGCCCCGCCUGUUGAGCAGGAGCCGAGGAAGCGCUGGCUGUGGGGAAUCCGGUGCAGGGACCCGCAGGUGCCGCCGCCGGGUCUCCUCUCCCGCCCCCCGCCCCCUCACCCCCCACCCCUGCCUCCCACUCUCCUUCUGCGUGGCAGCGCGGAUCUGCUAGGUGCGCCCGGGAGCUACCGGCGAUCCCAGAACGCAGCCCCGAGGUCUGGGACGCAGCCGACUCUGUACUGCAUUCAGGAACUGACCCAACCAUUUCUGAAGUUGCUGCUAAUGCUAUACGAAAGAAUCGUCACUGGUUCCCUUGAAGAGCAUAGUCUUAUCUUCCUGGCAACCUGGCAAAUGACUGACAAACACGACUUUCCAAGGAAUACAGAGUCACUCCUCUUUCUCCUCUGACCUUCUGCAGCCCCUGGACUCCCUGGUCACCAACAUCUCUGGUCCACUAGUGGCUUCUGUGUGUCCAUCCUGGUAAAAAGAACCAAGCCCAGGAGCGAUCACCAUGUUCUGCGCGAAGCUGAAGGAUCUGCAGAUCACAGGGGACUGCCCCUUCUCCCUGCUGGCCCCGGGGCAGGUCCCCAGAGAGCCCUUGGGGGAAGCCACAGGGAGUGGGCCAGCAGCUACCCCAGGGCAGCCGGGCAUCUGUCCAGGUGUCCCUGACAAGAACCCGCCCGGAAGGCUUCCCCGGAGGAAGACCAGCCGCAGCCGGGUCUAUCUUCACACUUUGGCAGAGAGUAUUUGCAAACUGAUUUUCCCAGAGUUUGAGCGUCUGAACCUUGCCCUUCAGAGAACAUUGGCAAAACACAAAAUAAAGGAAAACAGGAAAUCUUUGGAAAGAGAAGACUUUGAAAAAAUAAUUGCAGACCAAGCAAUUGCAGCAGGAGUUCCAGUGGAGAUCCUCAAAGAAUCUCUUGGUGAGGAGCUUUUUAAAAUAUGUUAUGAAGAAGAUGAAUACAUCCUAGGUGUGGUUGGAGGAACCCUGAAAGAUUUUUUAAAUAGCUUCAGCACUCUCCUGAAACAGAGCAGCCACUGUCAAGAAGCAGAAAAGAAGGGCAGGUUUGAGGACGCGUCCAUCCUAUGCCUGGAUAAAGAUCCCAAUAUCUUACAUGUUUACUAUUUCUUCCCCAAGAGGAUCACUUCCCUGAUUCUCCCCGGCAUCAUUAAGGCAGCUGCUCGCAUACUGUAUGAGACGGAAGUGGAGGUUUCCUCGACGCCUUCUCGCUUGCACCAGGACUGCCGUGAGUUCGUGGACCAGCCCUGCGAGCUCUACUCCGUCCACGUCAGGAGCGCCCGGCCACACCCGCCCUCUGGGAAGCCCGUGUCCUCGCUGGUCAUCCCCGCCUCGCUCUUCUGCAAGACCUUCCCUUUCCAUUUCAUGCUGGACAGAGAUAUGAGCAUCCUGCAGCUCGGCCACGGCAUCAGGCGGCUGAUGAGCAGGAGAGAUGUGCAAGGGAAGCCUCAUUUUGACGAGUACUUUGAGAUCCUGACCCCCAAAAUCAGCCAGACCUUCAGCGGCAUUAUGACCAUGCUGAACAUGCAGUUCUUGGUGCGAGUGAGGAGGUGGGACAACUCCGUAAAGAAAUCUUCCAGGGUGAUGGACCUCAAAGGCCAGAUGAUCUACAUGGUGGAGUCCAGCUCCAUCCUAUUCCUGGGCUCGCCCUGUGUGGACAGACUGGAGGACUUCACGGGCCGAGGGCUGUACCUCUCCGACAUCCCCAUCCACAACGCGCUGAGGGAUGUGGUGCUGAUCGGGGAGCAGGCCAGGGCCCAGGACGGCCUGAAGAAGAGGCUGGGCAAGCUGAAGGCCACGCUGGAGCAGGCCCACCAGGCCCUGGAGGAGGAGAAGCGGAAGACGGUGGACCUGCUGUGUUCCAUCUUCCCCAGCGAGGUGGCGCAGCAGCUGUGGCAGGGCCACGCCGUGCAGGCCAAGCGCUUCGGCAACGUCACCAUGCUCUUCUCGGACAUCGUGGGGUUCACGGCCAUCUGUUCCCAGUGCUCCCCGCUGCAGGUCAUCACCAUGCUCAACGCACUCUACACCCGCUUUGACCGGCAGUGUGGAGAGCUGGAUGUCUACAAGGUGGAGACAAUUGGAGAUGCAUACUGUGUGGCCGGGGGCUUACACAAAGAGAGUGACACCCACGCUGUUCAGAUCGCGCUGAUGGCCCUCAAGAUGAUGGAGCUCUCUCAUGAAGUCGUGUCUCCCCAUGGAGAACCCAUCAAGAUGCGCAUUGGACUGCAUUCUGGGUCAGUUUUUGCUGGAGUUGUUGGAGUUAAAAUGCCUCGUUACUGCCUUUUUGGAAACAAUGUCACCCUGGCUAACAAAUUUGAAUCGUGCAGUGUCCCCCGGAAAAUCAACGUCAGCCCAACCACUUACAGAUUACUCAAAGACUGUCCUGGUUUUGUGUUUACACCUCGAUCAAGGGAAGAACUUCCACCAAACUUUCCUAGUGACAUUCCUGGGAUCUGUCAUUUUCUGGAAGCGUAUCAGCAAGGAACAACUUCAAAGCCGUGGUUUCAGAAAAAAGAUGUUGAGGAAGCCAAUGCCAAUUUUUUAGGCAAAGCAUCAGGAAUAGAUUAACCAAACACACACCUGAUUGUUAGCCUUUGGGGUUUGACUCCUUGGAACGUGAGUGGACCCUCUGAGAGCACACUGGUAUGGUGUUGAGCUGAGGACCAGUAUUAACAUUUCAGGAGCCAAGUCACCAUCUACUUUUCCUUCCACUUAACAUGACAAAAAUGUAUUCACUUCAAUAUUCAAAUUUUCAGUGAAAAACAAAGAAGCCUCAAAAAGUGACUUUGAGGAGAUAUUUCUGUUAUAUAAGAAUCACUUAUUACCUGUCCUCAGAACUCAGCACCUUGUACAUAAAUCAGGUGAUGUAGUGACCUGUACCACCUGGUGAGCUGUCUGCAUAUCCUGCCCUGGUUAUUAAAGUGCUUUUGGUAGCGCUGGUUGCCUUAAAAGCGCUUUUUGAAUAGAAAUGAUAGUCUUGAUACCAUAAGCUCUUUGAACCUUUCAACUGUACAUUGUGUUCCAUUUCCUCAUUUAACAGUUAGCAUAUAUAAUAAGAUAGAUUGAGUUUUUUUUUUUUCCUGUUGCACUUUUUUCUUUUUCCUUUUCUUAAACAAAAUAAGCCAUUAUGGGUUAGAUGCAAUAUGAAUCUAAAGUAGUUCUCCUGUAAAUAUCAAGAUGAUUUUAUAAAAAUAUUCAUAACAACAUAAUAUGUCAUAAGUAUUUCCUUUUUUGACAUUUUUAAAAGUCUGUACAUGGUAAAGGCUAUUUUAAUUCAUAAUAGUGAUUUCAUUUCUAUUAAUUCAUUUUUGUGCCAUCUUCAGGGUAAAAGAGGAUUAUGGCCUAUAUUAACAUGCAAUAAUCUUAUUAUGAUUUACUUUAACUGAAGCAACGUGGAGUAAAGGCAGCAUUCAGGGAGUGAGCCAUAAAGUCAGAAGUGAAGUACUUACACACACAGGAGUAACUUGGACCUAUUUCAGCAGACACCCUCCAUUGCCAGGCUGAGCCACAGAAAGUUGUUGCAUUAGGAAAAUCUAAGUUCAGAAGUCAGAAAUAAGACUUGUACUUUUUGCUGAUAGCUUAUUUUUAAGUAUUUGUGUUGAGCACUUUGGUGUGUAUAUAUGUCCUCAGAAUCAAGCUUUUGUCUUAAGUACACAUCUGUGAAUAUUUUAUUCUAGUGAAAUAACUCAAUGAUGUUUUUAAAGGGAAUGUUAAUGUUGAUGAAGAAAAUGAUGCUGUGAUUUCAUUCUGGAACUUUCAAAACAUUUUUCUAGAACAUAAACAUUUAUUUUUAGUGAUGUUAGUCUAAGAUCUCUGCUGAACUAAAUAACAUACAGAGUUUGGCUGGAGAUAAGAUCUGAUUUUUAAAUGAAUACAGCUUCAAAGCUAGAGAAAGAGGAACAUAAAAGUGUUUAAGUCACUAUUAGCAGAGCUAUAGAUACAGGAAACUCUUAUUUGUGGAUCUGAGAAGAACUCAGCUUAAAAAUUUAAAAAUUCUCUCCAUUGGUCCCCAGGCUAGUCCAUGGCGACCUCAGGAAUACCAAUAAUUUCUGAUAGGUCUCUUAGCAUCCCUGUGUAUUAUUAUAUAUGUUACAAUAAUUCUUAUUUACUCAAUAAUGAUCCUGUGUCUUGAAGCACUGAUGUGGCUCAUUAAAUGUCAAUCCUAUUAUUGGGGACUACCACAGGACUUGGGAAAAUAUAGUUAUAAUCUUACAAGCAUAUGAAGUUAAUAAAAGUAUUUAAAAGUAAAA